AUGAAUGAACAAGGAAUGCUAGUGGACCCUAGAUUAGAUUUUUUCUUCAAGAUGGAGCAAAUUGACGACUACAAAUAUGAUGAAGUAGAUGCAUCACCAUCUACAUCUAAUGGAAUACCAGAUUCCACCGUUGGAGGUCGUCUGAUAUGCGAUGUUUGUGGUGACGUGGCAUUUGGGAAGCAUUAUGGAAUCAAUGCAUGUAAUGGUUGUAAAGGGUUCUUCAGAAGAAGUGUGUGGUCUCGACGACAGUACUCCUGCCGUUUCGGUGGAGAUUGCCCAGUUGUGAAGGAGCAUCGAAAUGUCUGUAGAUCGUGUAGAUUAAAAAAAUGUUUUGAGGUUGGAAUGAAUCCUGAUUCAGUACAAAAUGAGCGGGACAGAAACGCAAAGAAUGGAGGUGGAAUGGGAAUGGGGCCGAUGCAAUCACCGAUUCAGAUCACACCAUCCAAAGAAUCAAUGAUUUCAAAUGGUCAGACAAAAAGGAAACGAAUUCGUCCCGACACCACUGAUAAAAUGACACAGACCGAUGGAAAAAUGGAAAUUGAGGAUUAUGAUUACGAAAUGGCUGAAAACUCGACACCACCUGGAUUGCUGCCUCUGAAACAGGAAAGGAUCUCAACACCACCAUCCGACUUGCCAGUUCCAAUGGAUUAUCUUAUUCCUUCAAUUCUUAUGGAUAUAGAGCAUAAAGUAUUUUUCAACCAUCUAGUAACAGUUGGAGACUCGAUCAAUGAAACUAAAACUCCAAUCACUUUGCCGUUUGAGACAGUCUUCCGUCAACCACAUUUAGUUUGUAACCGAUAUCCUAUGAAUUUUGUCAACAACCGCGUACUUACUCCAGAAGAGUUAAUUGAUGGAUGGCGUCGGCAUUUCACAUAUUAUUCUGACUGGUGUCAUGCAAUGGACGAAUUCUGUGCAUUGUCUCCAGAAGACCAAGUUGUAUUAGCGAAAAAGAAGAUUAUUCUUCAUGGAUGGUUGGUUCACGCCUACUAUUCAUACAAAAGUGGAGUCGACGGUAUUUGUUUUGCAAAUGGGGCCGCCCAUCUUCCAGAAGGAGGUCAUCCAAGUAUAACCGAAUUCUAUAAGGAAUGCAUGCCUCGAUAUUUGAACUAUGUCAUUUAUCCAAUGAAGAACUUCCAAAUGGACGAUAACGAAAUGGUUCUUGUCAAAUGUAUAAUGUUCUUUUCAAACGAAUCCGGUCUAUCACCUGCUGGGAAAGCAAUCGUCUCCGCCGCUCGUGAAAAAUAUCUAUCUGCUUUGUACAACUAUGCAAGAUCAAACAAAUGCUCAACUUCUGCUCAAGCUACUCUUCGAAUUGCCAAAUUUAUGAUUAUGCUGUCUGCGGUUACGAGUUUGACCCAUUUGAUGAAUGAAGGAGUUCACGUAACAUCCCUUUUCAACAUCAUUGAAUUCGACCAAUUGAUCCAAGCCACUCAUAAAACGACACCUCCACAACAUUCUCCUCACCCUCCGACGUCCUAA